AUGCGCCCGACGCAAUCUCAGCAGCACAUUUCGCUCAACGGCACGCCCCUUCCGCGCGACCGGGGCGUCCGGAGCACAGUAGCCGCACGCGAGGCACGGCACGCCGACGUGUACCCGUGGCAAGACAGCGCUGCCUACGACCGUAUAUGGGCGGGCGACCGCUCUCUGCACUCCCACGUCGAGCGCCUCCUCGAUCCGCAGCCACGCCGCCCUCCCCACGACCACCUCGCCUACGUGCUGAACGUCAAAAUCAAACCGAGUGCCCGUCCGAGCACAGAGCCCGUGCCCCGAAACUGGCCCCGCCCCCCGCCGAUGCAGCGCACGCCCGCCACGGCCGAAGCGGCGCCGAUGCCGCCUGCAGCUGCCCUGCAAUCUGCCCGCGUCGUCGGCCAGGUGGACAAGAAGUACAUUGCAUGCACAUAUGGCGAUACACCGGCCCUCCUCCUCAUCGACCAGCACGCGGCCGACGAGCGCGUCAAACUCGAGCAGCUCGUCACGUCCUAUGUCCUUGCGUGCCUCGAGGCGAAAAUGGGCGGGGCAAAAACGAACACGCACGUCUGCACAACCCCUCCCACGAUUGCAGCGGCCUUUGCGCCUGCGCACCUCCGUGCCAUCCGCUUCUGGGGCUUUGACCUAGCCGAAAACGGAGACGCAUGGCUCGUGCGCGGCGUGCCCACGGUCCUUGCGCGCCUCGCUACGGAUGCCCCGCUUCUGCACCGUGUCCUCGCGGCGUUUUGCGAGCAACCUCCCGGCGACGUUGAUACAUGGCUCACGAGUGUCGCCCAUACGCCCCGCUCCACGUCCAGCGCCCUCUCCGCGCUCCGCCACCUCCCUGCCCUCGCCGUGCACCUGGUGUUGACGCAUGUAUGCCACAGUGCGAUUCGUACGUUGCGCUACUAA